AUGGACAGCAAGGAUGUCAGCAGUAUAGCGAUUAUACCACAGUUCUACGCGGGCAGGGAAGUGUUUAUCACUGGAGCCACAGGAUUUAUAGGCAAAGUGUUAGUUGAACGACUGUUGUCCACGUGUCCUGACAUCGGCCGUCUACACCUGCUGAUGAGAGUUAAGAGAGGAGAAGCACCAGAGGCGAGACUACAAAAGCUCAAAGAAUCGCCGGUGUUCGAUGUUUUACGUAACGACUAUCCUGAUAGAUUGAAUAAACUGAGCCCUAUAACAGGAGAUAUCAACAAAUUAAACCUUGGAUUCACCGAGAAAACUAUAGCAGAUCUUAAUAACGUGAGACUUAUUUUAUUUUUAUUAACUAAUAGAUUAAUAACAAUGAUAAAAAUAACCUUACUAACACAGAAGACUGAAAAAGAAACUUGA